AUGGAUGCGCUGGGAGCCUUCUCCCACCUUCAAACCAACCUACCCUCUUGGAUCACUCGCAUCUCGGACCUCGCCGCUCACACCUCUGCCAAACACGCCGAAUACACAGCAGCAUACCGACGACAUGCUACAUACAAAGCCCGACGCCGAAGGAAUAGCUCCGUAUGCUCCAUCCGCACCGAUGACCCCGUCCCGAUCGCACAACGUCAGGGUCCGACCUCGGAAGCCAUUAGAGCGGUUACCACUACAACGUUAGAAAAUGAUGCGCCCGUGCUGGCGCAAACGGCUGGACGUAAGCGUGGUACGGAUGAGGCCCCAUCUAUUGACUCCAGUGAGCGGUACGCUUUUGUCAGCACCCGAUACAAUGUUAUCAUCGAGUACGACGGCCACACACAAAAGACCCUUGAAGAGGUUGUUCGAGACAUUGGAAUCGCCAGGAACAAUAUCCGACGGGGAAAGAUGGGUAUGAUGCCUCGUACAGGUCUUCGGGCAAGUCUCUUGCAUAAGACUUCCGUGGGCGGUGGCCAGCCAGGAGAAAAUGGAUCACCGUUAUCAGCAUUAGCAUAUGUCCGCAGCACGAGGGCGGGCGGUGGUCUCGUCGGUGUGACUGGAUCUACGGGCAUUCGAAAAGAGUCUCCCUUUGACUUUGCGGACAAGCAGCUAGAGCUGGCCCACGGGCUCUGCGAGACCGCAGCAUAUCAGGUCCUUCGAUCGGGUGAUUGCGCUACUGAACUGGACGGUGUGGAGGAGAAGUUCAAAAUGCUGCUGGAAAUGGCCGAAAACGAAGUUAAUCGCCUCGGCGAAGAAAAGAAACAACAAGAAGCCAAAGCCAAUGCGCAGUCGGAAGCGCAGUCGGAAACGCAAUCUGAACCAGCCGAAGAGGAAGCGCCCGCGAAACCGGCGCUGACCCCGACCGCCGCACGACUCGCUCGCGUAGCGGCUAUCGCCGCCAGCAAGCCGACAACGACUGCGCCUGGCGCCAUCGAAGUCGACGACGCCUCGUCGAUAUCGGCCGAGUCCAUUGAUCUAUCUGCGUUCCGGUCCUCCCGAAUCCGAGUGUAG